AUGGUGGACGUGCUGCUGCCGCCGCCGCGCCCGGGCGCCAUGGGCGAGCCCGCCAAGAGGCGGCCGGGGCGGGCGCGCUGCGCGGGCUGCGGGGGCCGCAUCCAGGACCGCUUCCUGCUGCGCGUCUCGCCCGACCUGGAGUGGCACGCCGCCUGCCUCAAGUGCGCCGAGUGCGGCCAGCCCCUCGACGAGACCUGCACGUGCUUCCUCCGCGACGGCAAGGCCUACUGCAAGCGCGACUACAGCAGGCUCUUCGGCAUCAAGUGCGCCCGGUGCCGGGCGGGCGUGAGCAGCAGCGACCUGGUGAUGCGCGCCCGCGACCACGUCUACCACCUCGAGUGCUUCCGCUGCGCCGCCUGCGGCCGCCAGCUCCUGCCCGGCGACCAGUUCUGCCUGCGGGAGCGCGACCUGCUCUGCCGCGCCGACCACGCGCCGCCCCCCGACGGCGCCGCCGCGCGCGGGCCGCGCAGCCCCGCGCUGCCGCCGCCCGCCGCCGCCCCGCACCUCCCAGAGCCGGUGCCCGGGCGGCCGCCCGCCCCGCGGCCGCCGGCGCACAAGGCGGCGGAGAAGACGACCCGCGUGCGCACGGUGCUCAACGAGAAGCAGCUGCACACGCUGCGGACCUGCUACGCCGCCAACCCGCGCCCCGACGCCCUCAUGAAGGAGCAGCUGGUGGAGAUGACGGGGCUGAGCCCCCGCGUGAUCCGCGUCUGGUUCCAGAACAAGCGCUGCAAGGACAAGAAGAAGUCCCUGCUCAUGAAGCAGCUCCAGCAGCAGCAGCACAGCGACAAGACGAGCCUGCAGGGCCUCACCGGGACGCCGCUGGUGGCCGGCAGCCCCGUCCGCCACGAGAGCGCCGUGCAGGGCAGCGCCGUCGAGGUGCAGACCUACCAGCCGCCCUGGAAGGCGCUCAGCGACUUCGCCCUGCAGAGCGACCUGGAGCAACCCGCCUUCCAGCAGCUGGUCUCCUUCUCCGAGUCCGGCUCCUUGGGCACCUCGUCGGGCAGCGACGUGACCUCGCUGUCCUCCCAGCUCCCCGACACCCCCAACAGCAUGGUGCCCAGCCCGGCCGAGACGUGAGGCGGCCGCGCCGCCCGCCGCCGCGGGACUUCCGCAUGCCUGCGCUCCCUGCAUGAGCACCGGCCUCGGGCCGCCCCGGAGCGCCCGGCGAA